AUGUCUGAUAUCUAUACAGAACUUAUUUCAAAAGAUUGGACAACACAUAGCAAUGAAAAUAGUCUUGUUCGAUAUGAUAAACUACCGACAUAUGACACAUUUAUUCGAGAAUGUUUACUUAAAAACCGACCAGCUCUCUUUACAGCUAGCUGUGGCUUCAUGGACGACUGGUCAUGUAUAACCGAAUGGUUGAAUAAAGAUCGAACAGAACCUGAUUUUGAUCGUCUAAUAAAUUUAUAUGGUCAUAUGACUGUACCAGUUACAAAAUGUUCAUCAACUAUAACAGAAUAUAGCUCUGAUGACAAUAAAUUAACGAUGCGUUUCGAUGAAUUUGUUAAUUUAUGGCGUAAUAAUGAAACAACAGCAGAAUAUUAUUGUAAAGAUUGGCAUUUACAAAAAAUGUCUGGUGAAACAAAACCAUUAUUCUAUUCUGUUCCAACAUAUUUUCAAUCCGAUUGGCUUAAUGAAAAAUGUCUUGCAGAAAACGAAGAUGACUUUCGUUUUGUUUAUAUGGGUGGUGAUGGAACAAAUACACCAUUACAUAUGGAUGUGCUAGGAACAUAUUCUUGGUCAGCAAAUAUUUGUGGUCGGAAACGAUGGCGUUUUUCGAAGCCACAUUCCAUUGAAUUUAUACAAGAACCUGGUGAUAUAUUAUUUGUACCAUCGGAAUGGUAUCAUGAUGUUACCAAUAUUGGUUUUACAAUAUCCAUUAAUCAUAAUUGGUUUAAUGCUUUUAAUAUUCUACGCAUUUGGAAACAUUUAUGUGCAACACUUGAAGAUAUUGAACAUCGAAUUGAAGAUUGCCGUUCUGUGAUGAGUGAUACGUGGCAUGCACAUUGCCAAUUAAUACUUCAAGCAAAUGAAGGAUUAAAUUUUGCGUCACUUUAUAAACUUUUAUACAUAAUUGCUCAACGACGAAUGAAAGAAAAUCAAGAUGAAUAUAAACGAUUUGAUUUAUGGAUGAUUGAUAAAUUAAUACGAGAAAUCUUACAUCAUUCGAUAUUUUUAUAUGCUUUUGAUUUGGAUACAUUUCCUGAAAGACCCAAAGUGUUGCUUAAACAAAUUCAUUCGUUUAUUGAGAAACAAAAACAAUAA